GUUGGGUGCGCAGAUUCAUCAGGUGCGCGCCAGGAGCGAAGAACUCCGUGACGCACGACGGCACGACGGGAGAACGAACUAGCUCAAGAGAUUUGUUUACUGGUGUGAGGAGUGAGGAGUGAGGAGUAAGGUGUUUUCUUUUCGAGGGCUUGAGAUAAAGACAACAUGUGCAGGGGCGCUGAUGGAGGCGCACCGGACCAUAGACACCUGCUCUGAAAAGUGCGUGUCAUGAAGCAGCCGUGGCGCACAGACCUUCCAUAGGUCAACCUGCUGUCGUUGAAAGUUCAUCUAAAAACAAGGGGAACAAUGAACCUCUCCGAGUCUGUUUGGUUCUCGGACGAGUCGUGGAACCUCAGCACGGCGGAGGAGGACGACGAGAAACUUUUAUUCGGCAUCGGCACGGAUAAUUUCAUCACGCUGCUGGUGUUCGGGCUCAUCUUUACGCUCGGCGUGCUGGGUAACUCCAUGGUGAUCACCGUGCUGGCGCGCAGCAAACCGGGGAAACCGCGGAGCACCACCAACAUCUUCAUCCUCAACCUGAGCAUCGCGGACCUCUCCUACCUGCUCUUCUGCAUCCCCUUCCAGUCCACCAUCUACAUGAUGCCGACGUGGGUCCUGGGCGCGUUCAUCUGCAAGUUCAUCCACUAUUUCUUCACCGUGUCCAUGCUGGUGAGCAUCUUCACGCUGUCUGCCAUGUCCGUGGACCGGUACAUUGCCAUCGUGCACUCCAGAAAGUCCUCCUCCAUCCGGGUGGCGAGGCACGCGCUGAUCGGAGUGGUGGUGAUUUGGAUACUCUCCCUGGCCAUGGCAGCGCCCGUCAUGUACUACCAGAACAUUUUCCCCAGGGAGAAUCACACCUACUGCUGGGAAGAGUGGCCAGGUCUCAACCAGAAGAAAGUCUACGUGGUGUGCACGUUCGUGUUUGGUUAUGUGCUGCCUCUGCUGCUGAUUUCCUUCUGUUAUGCAAAGGUUUUAAAUCAUUUGCACAAAAAACUAAGAAACAUGUCCAAAAAGUCAGAGGCAUCAAAGAAAAAGACGGCUCAGACGGUGUUGGUGGUGGUGGUGGUGUUCUGCCUCUCUUGGCUCCCUCAUCACGUCGUCCACCUCUGGGUGGUGUUUGGGACCUUCCCGCUGAACCAGGCCUCCUUUGUGUUACGGGUGGCCGCCCAUUGCCUGGCGUACAGCAACUCAUCUGUCAACCCGGUCAUCUACGCCUUCCUGUCGGAGAACUUCAGGAAGGCUUACAAGCAGGUGUUCAAAUGCCAGAUCGGUACCAGUGACUCCCCGCUCAACGACAUUAAGGAGAUCCGCAGCAAAGCGGAAACGCCGCCCUCGACUAACUGCACCAACGUUUGACUGACAAGGUGUGGAAGGUGAUAAGAAAACGAACGUAAGGCAGCGGUCACACUGGGAAUCAGUGGAAAGUAAAAGUGACGUGAGGUUGUGUGGAUGUUUGUUCAAUGAGGGUAGGUGUAGUUGCUUAGAUUGGUGGUAGAGUGGUACACCUGUACUGUUCCACAUAAGUGCUGUUCUUUAUACCUGAAGAGAUAAAGCCACACACAACAUGACUACUGAUCAGUCUGUUUCCUGCAGCUCUUCACGGCAUUAAAACCUGCGGCCUCUGAAACUCAGGAAAAUCUGGAGAGACAAUCUGAAGAGAAAAUCAUAAUGAUUGCAGCCAAUAUGUGCAUGACUCUGUAUAGUAUAUUUACAAGCCAAUUCAUCAAAAUGGCCCUCUCUGAUUUUGAAAGUAUUAGAAAUUUCAAAAAUUGAAGGUGACGUUUCUGUCUAAAGAACAGUGCUGGGCAUUUUACAGAACUAUG